CGGAGACACGCGAGCUGCUCGCUUCGAUGCCGCUGCGAAGUCCGAGCGACUCGGACCUCGAGAGUUACAAAUCAGAGCAGCCUCUCCUCUCGCCCGGCAAAUCCAACCCUGCCGAAAAGAGUUCGAGCGCGGGUCAUCGGCCGCCGACGGCGGCCUUCCCGGACGAGCCGCUGCGACCAAAGGCUGGCGCGGCUGCGAUGGGUGUGGCGGCGCUGCUGGUUGCGGGCUACCUGCUGCUGGGGAAGCGGCACGUGAGCAGCAGCUGGCACACGUCGCACGUCUUCCCGCGCGUCGGCGGCGUCACGGGCACGUCGUAUCAGCGUGAGGGCGGGCACGACCCGGGAGGGUUCGCGCUGUGCAGGCAGCUGAUCGGCGCGCUGCUGAUGGCGGCGCUCGGCUACUGCCGCGAGGGGUCCAGCAUCUUUGCCCUGAGGAGGAGCGACCACCGCGCGAUUGCUAAACUCGGCGUGUUCCACUACCUCAACUCCGUGCUCUUCAUCUGGGGCUUCAAGCUCUCCACCCCCUUCUUCGCCUCCGUGGCGCAGCUCUCGAUCCCCGUGAUGACCUUCGUCUACACCGCGCUGGCGGGGCGGCUGCCUGCUGGCUCCGCCCACCACGAGCAUGCCCCCGCCGCCGGGGCUGCCGCCGGGGCAGCGGGCAGCGGUAGCCCGCCAGUGCCCGCGAGCCUGUGGGUCGGCGCGGGCUUCCUGCCGCUGCAGUCGGCAAGCUGCCUGAGCUGGGGCUUGACCUGGCGGAGGGGGACGGACCGAGUAGGCGUUGGCUGCCUCGCGCUGCAGACUGGCUCUUUCUCGGGGCUGCUCGUGCUGCAGAAGGCGCUGGUGCAAGCCUACCCCGUCGCGCUUGUGGUUGCGUGGGGAUACUCGGCGGGCGCCGUCCUCGCGCUGAUUGGCUCUGUCUUCGACGGCUCCAUCCACACGCUGCCCGCCAACUUCAACUCGCCCUCACUCAUGGGCAUCCUCUUCUUCCACACGCCCGUCCGGUUGCUCGAGCUCUGCGGCUACGCGGUUGCGAUGCUCGGCGUCGCGGCGAUGGCCUCCGUCGUCAUCCAAGAAGGCGACGACGCGGCGCAUGCCCCGAACGACAGAGUACUCGACAGCAGGACCACCAGCCCCAGCGACCGCGAGGACGACGGGUGAGCCGCGCCUAUCUGGGCGCUGCUGCGGGUCGUGCCGCCUGAGGAGGCGCGCGCCGGGGUGAGGCGCGGAAGGGGCGCGCGAUACAUCGAGAGAGAACUUGCCGAGAGUGCGAAGAGGUUUGAGCGAGAUAUCAACGGCUCAACGCGUGUGUAGUCUUCUGUCGUGUACUCUAAAAAAGUAUUCUUGAGGUUC